GGUAUAAAGACAGUCGACUUCCAGUUUCACUACAACAGGACACAGCAGGUAGGAGAAGACGACAACACAGACCAAUCAGACUGUAUACUACUGUAGUGAACCUUUACAAGGAGCCAUGGUGAAGUGUGUAGCCGUAAUUCUGUCAGGGUGUGGAGUCUACGAUGGGACUGAGAUCCACGAGGCUUCGGCUGUACUGGUCCACCUCAGCAGGGCUGGAGCUAAGGUCCAGAUGUUUGCCCCCAACGAGGACCAAAUGCAUGUAGUGAACCACUGUGAGGGGAAACCCACGGCUGAGAAACGCAACGUCCUGGAGGAGAGUGCUCGAAUCGCCCGCGGCGAUGUGUCUGACCUUGCCAAGCUAGAGGUCACCGCCUUCGACGCCCUCGUUAUCCCAGGUGGUUUUGGCGUGGCUAAAAACCUGUCUGACUGGGCUGUGAAUGGGAAGGAGUUCACGGUUCAACCCCAAGUAGAGAAGCUGAUUAAGGGGUUCCACUCUGCAGGCAAGCCCCUGGCUAUGUGUUGCAUCUCCCCUAUCCUAGCUGCUAAGGUCCUGCCGGGGUGUGAGGUCACCGUGGGACAGGACAAGGAGUGUGAGAGAUGGCCCCAUGCCAAGACGGCAACUUCCAUGAAGGAGCUGGGCUGUAAACACGUGAAUAAGAAAGUGGGGGAGGUCCACAUCGAUGUGAAGAACAAGCUAGUCACCUCCUCCGCCUUCAUGUGUAACGCUCCCGUACACGAGGUGUUUGACGGGGUGGGCGUCAUGAUUACAGAACUGCUCAAACUGGCCUAGGACACGCCUGAGAUGCAGAAUACUGAUUAGCUGUAACGGGAAUAGGGAGCCAUUUGGUCACACCUACAUUCAUGUUUGUUGUUGUUGUUUCUGUAUUCGUUGUUUGUUUACCUGGAGACCGUCCUGAUCGGAAGGUAAUGGACCAGAAGAAACAGAAGGAGAUCGUGUUUCUGUUGCAUCAUCUGUCUGACUGAGACUGAGAUAUGACCCACCUAGUUGGGAUGACUUUUGUGUUUUUAUCCACAUUGUAAUAAAAGUGAAACCAAAUUCUGAAAUGAA